CAGGAGGUUGAAGGACCGGUCCUUGCAGCCGCAGACGUUUUCGCAGAACAUCCCCUGCAGCAGCUGUGUCAAGUCCUUCCAGUGGCGGCACGCCCUGGCUUUGCUGGCAGAUCUUGGCAGCAGCAGACUCCGAAGGGAUGCGGCGUCGUACGUGAUGCGGCCAGAGCUUUGGCCUUUGGCCAUGGAGACAUUGAGGACGUCGACUGAUGGGUUCGGGUGAAAGAGGUCAGAUCACGAAAGGUGGCCUGUUGCAGUAAGGUCGAGUGCUUGAGUCGGAGUAAUGGCAAUUGUGUGGACUGGUGUGAUCGUAGUACAGUACUGGAAAAGUAACAUAGAACUACUGUAGUAACUAUAGCAACUAGGGUUUGCAGUGCAAAGCAUGUUCCAUGUGCGUUUCAGGGGGUGCUAUGUGCACUGUUCCGCUGUCCUUGGCCGCAGUGGAUCCAGCAGGGACCCUCCAAACCUCUAUGUUGAUCCUGAGGUUUUAUUCUUGUUUCACUCAAUCUCCACGUUGUCCAGCGCGGAGGUCCAACUUGGAUGCUGCAGUAGCUGCCACCACGCUGGUGUUCAAUGCGCUGCUGAGUGCUUGUAUCGGUCAAUGGCAGGUCUCCCUGAUGGUUUACCUCACUAUGCGACGACUAUCCUUACAAAGGGAUGUUAUCACCUACAGCAGCCUGCAGGGUGCGCUCAGCCGACAGCAGUUCUGGGAGCGGAGCAUGGAGAUGUUGCAACACACCGGGCGCGGGUCGAUCGAAACGGACAUGGUGGUCUUCAACAGUGGCAUUUCAGGUGCCCCUUGGCCACGCGCGCAGCUGGCACUCGCCGUUCACCGGCGUCGUGACGGUGACGGCACGGGGCGUGUGGCGACGUGGAAUUGCCUGAAACGCUGGGAAGUGGCCACGGCCAUGCGCCAGGGCGGCCUGCGACCCGAUGCGGUCACUUGGUCCGUCACCAUCGGCUCGGCGAGCAGUGUGCACUGGAGAGUGGCCAUGCGCUGGUUGAAGGAGGCAUUGGAAGGCUCAGUUCGAUUGGCUUCAGUGGCAUGUAGUGCUUUGAUCACUGCAUGUGAGGGUUCAUUGGCUUGGUGGGAGCGGUCCUUACAGCUGCUGCAGCUUCAUCAUCACUUCAGUUUGAAGGCCGAUGGCAUCGUUCCGCAGAACGGUGCCAUCCGCGCAUGCGAGAGCGGUCGCCGGUGGGAGUGGGCGCUGGAGCUGGUGAAAUGGAAGGCAGCUGGUGCCAAAGUGGAAGUUGAUGAGAUUACUCUCACAGCAGCCAUUGGAGCAUGCGGACGUGCAAGUGCAUGGCAAGCUGCAUUGCUGUUGGUGUCUCAGAUGCCAUGUGUGAAAGCACAAGUGAUCUCCUGCAACGCGGCAAUGAGCGCAUGCGAAGAAGCGGGUCAGUGGCGUGCAGCGGGAGAGUUGCUGGAUGCCAUGCAUUGUGGUGGCCUCUCGAGCGACUUGUUCAGCUGCAACACGCUCAUCAGCGCAUGUGAGAAAGCGAAAUGUUGGCCGCACGCCCUCCACAUCUUCGCGCAGAAUGUCGGGCGUCAGUCGUUCCGGAAGUCUUUGGUUACCUUCAAUGCCGCGGGCAGUGCCUGUUCAAAAGGAAAGCGAUGGCAGCGUAGUGUGCAGCUCAUCUCCCAGCUCCACGAGGAGCGACUCGAGCCCAGCCAAAUCUCGUUCAAUGCUCUUGCGUUCUGUCUUUCUCACUGGCAUGUGGCCUUGGAUCUACUUUGCCACAGCCCUGAUCUCACAAUGUGCGAACUUGCUGCGAACGCAUGUGAAGAUGCACGGCGCGGAACUGAGCUGCUUUAUGUUUUGGACUUGGCAUCAAGUCUUGCAGCGGGGCACAGCGCGGCAUGGAGCAUGGAGCGCAGGCAGAGAUUAAAAAAGGAUCGCCUGAGCUGUCGGGGAGGUGCUCAAGUUGCCCAACAGCAGUCCUGCCGGACAAACACCAAGUCAGAUUCUUGCGGAGCAACUCAGCAUUUGGAUUGCAGCGUAGGUGGGGAAUGGCGUCGCGCUUCCAGAAUCAAACUCCCAGGGGCCAAUGAAAAUGGCUCCGGGCCUCGAGAGUGUUCGGUAACAUCGUGUGCAACACGCGCACGUCAAAUUUGCAGAGGAAGGGUUCCACAAGAGGUGUGUAAGGUUGAAAUGGCGGCCUGCAAAGGUGUGCGAGAUUGGAAUGGCUCCUCAAUUGAUGUUCUCAAACUGUAAGGUCUUCCUGCGGGUAAUUGUUGAACUUCGAGCUGGAAUUCAGUCACUCAGGGAUUUCUUUUGGGGGUUGCGGUUUAGGGCUUGUGGUUAUCAGGGUUCCUUGUGUUUGGGUGGCGUGUCUUGGGUAUGAAAAAGCUGGAGGGUGCAGCGAGACCAAGCAAGAACUUUCUUGAUGUCCGCGUAUCUUCCCGGCACUGAAGGGGUUACUCUUGCUCAGGUUCCUGUUGCUUUGGGGUCGCUCGGUUUCUUGGCUGCUGUUUUGGCUUUUGGUUUUGUUGCGUGUUUGGCCGGCCGGGCUUGGCUGUGGGGAGGAGAGCCUAUCGCCUCCAGCGCCCAACUCCCUUGCAGAUGCUUACAUCAACUCACUCGCCCGCAUGCGGACAACACCUGACCCCAGAGGUCUAAUAUUGAAGCUGAUUUCAAAGCUUGCGUCACUGUCACUUUGCC